CCACAUGUUUACAUGUAUCAGCUUGUACUCACACAAACAGGUGUGCAGCAGGUAGUAUUAAACGCAACCUUAUUUAUCAGUUGAAGGAAAUGAUUAGAGGAAACUGCACUCAGCGGUUAACAUCCUUCAAAUGCUCAGAAGUGGAGAGAAAAACCCCUCAUAUGACGCUCAGCAGUUUGAAGCAGAUCAUUCGCAGCUCAACCAGCAGGAUGAGAAGAAUCAGGACACAGUGAGUCAAACCCUGAAGCAAGUACAAGCCUUCAGAUCUUCCAGUCACAGAGCUUUGGGAACAAACCAUCCCAGUGGUCUCCAAGAAGGAAAUCUGAUGACUGGAUAAAUGGAGAGAGAUAAGAAAUCCCUUUCCCUGUUUAUUCUGCUUCCUCUGCUGCUGGUCUGCAGAACUGAUGCGUGUCCCAGCCUCCCAGAUAAUCUCACCUGCUACAAUGACUACAGUAAAAACAUCACAUGUUUGUGGAACAGCACAUACGUGACUGAUCGCACAGACGCCGUAUGCACAAUACACGCCAAAUAUCAAGCUCGCUACUUGUCUUACAGUGCUUCCUGUCACCUGGAGCCUGUUGACAUCUCCAGACCAGCCCUGAAGAUGUGCUCCCUGAUCUUUAAAUCUGACCACACUUUUUCCAGUUUCCAUGUGUUGUCCUUUAAUCUGAGCUGUAACCAUAUGAAGCCUGUAAUCACUUCCUACAAGCCAUCUUGUCACAUAAGGGUGAAUCCUCCAGGAAGACCAGAAGUCAACUUCACCACUAUUUCCUGGUUGUCCCAACUCACCGAGCAUUCAAUGAUCGUCUUAUACAAAACUGAAGUGCAGUGGAAACAGCAGGAUCAGUCGUGGAGUGAUCCUGCUGUGCAGAAAAACACUGGCAUUCAGUGUGAGCAUAAGUGCGAGGCAGAUCUGAAAAAAGAUUUCCUGAUACAAGAUGAGAGGUACGAGGCACGAGUUCGAGUGCGGUCUGUUAUUGAGAGCCGUGAGGGAGCCUGGAGUGACUGGAGCCCCACUGUAUCAUGGGUGUCGCCAGUAGGAAACAGAAAACCACCAUCAGGUGUUCCUACACGUGUUGUGUUCAUAAGUGUAGCAGGUGUUGUGGUAUUGCUGACAGUCGUACUCUUCAGCACUAACAAAAACUGGGUUUACGUGGUAAAGAUGAUCACAGGUCCGCCAAUACCAGACCCGGGAAAGUCCUUUCUGCAUGAUGUACAGUUUAAGAGUGUGUUCACCAGUGAAUCCUUUCACUCCUUCUUGAAACCAGUGGAAAUUAUCACAGUAGAAUUAACCUCCUCUGUGGAUGCCGUCACAGCCUGCAGGCCAGAUGAGAAGAUCGUGAUAAACAAAGGCAGCUAUGACUCCACCAACUCCAGCUUCUCUAACCCGAGUUACUCUGAGCUUUGCACUCCUCCUAUUUCCUCACUCAGUGCUGGGAAUCUGAAGCCGUGUGCGACUGACACGCCUUAUGGCCCUGUUGGUACUCAGGGUCAAGGAAAACGCACAGAACAGGAGAGCAAUGAAGGGAGAGAGAAAGAACAUGAGAUGGUUAAGUUGCUUCUCAAAGGCAGCAGCAACAGUGAGCCAGUGCAGGUGAUUUCAGACUACGAGAAGUCUGAGAAGCUCAACAUUGAUCGCUUUAGGCUCCAGAGUCUAGAUUCAGGCAUGUCCAGUUGUGAAGAGGCCAGUGAAGACAGCAUGGAGGCAGAUAGCAUGAACAUGACUGACAGUCAUGAUGAGGAUCCAGAGGGUGAGGAUGAGAAGGAGGGAGAGAAUGAACAAAAGGCAGGUUUUCAGAAGUUGUUUGGAGGUAAAUCUGACAAGUUUAUUCAGGUUUGUUCCGAUUACGAGCGAGUCGAGAAGCCGCCGGCCGACAGCCCAGAGCUUCCCAGCUUGGAUUCAGGCGUUUGCAGUGGGGGAGAGGAGCAGAUGAGUCAGGAUGAGAGCAUGGAGGAUGUUGAUAAGUCCACUGAAUCUACACACUUCCUGUUUCCACCUCAUCUUCCCAGGGCUUUACCAUGCUCCUUGCUCUCUUUUCCACAACUGCCUUUGAAAUUAUGUGGGCCUGGUCUGAGACCAGCUUUGCAACUUCAGCCAAGUCCUAUGCUGCAGGGGUUCACUCUGAUGUCAGCAGGCAGAUCACUGGAGCCCUCUGUUGAUGGCUAUAUGCCAGUGAAACAGGAGGGCUGAGAGCAGACAGUAGGCCUAACUAGCAGGACAAAAAUAAGACGUAGCAUUUGCAGGAUUCAUGACGCCAGUCAGCUCUCAAGAAAAUAAACCAGUCCAUAAAUAUUUAUCUUCAGGUUUCAGCAACUUUGAAGGGGAUUUAAUCCAUUUUUUGUUAAUUUCAUAUAUUUAUGACAAUAUUUAUGCCACGUUAGCAGCCCAUAGACACUUAGUAUCACCCCAGCAGAAAAUAAUGUGAAUCUUUUCACAGUGUAAAUGCAGUCCUCUCUCUUCCAUUGCACUAGCUACCCUGACUGUCACAAGUAAACUAUGGUAACACACUAUAUGAAUAAAAGUACUGGAUCACCUACACAUUCCACCUACAGGAGCUUCUUAAGCUCUUCAGAAUGACCCAUUCUUUCACAAAUGCUGGAUGGGUGCUUGAUUUUAAGUUCAAAGAUUCGGAGGCUUUUGGCCACAUAGUUCAUUUAACAGUGAUGGAUUGCUUGACUGAAAAUGUAACAAAAUAAUUAACUACUUGAAUUACAGAACAUUACAUUUAAUUUUACAUACAACAGAAAAGUAAUCAGAGUACUCUAUCAUGUAUACUUUAUCAUGCUUGAUUUCAGGACUGCAAUGUUACAGGUCCUGAUGUUGUGAAUAAUUUUUUCUGGACUGGUUGAUGCUAAUUUUUCACCUGACUGCCUUAAGAAGCUCAUUUUUAAAAAUGUUUUUUUGGAUAGAGGAAGGCGUGGUGUACAGAUGGUUAAAUCAUCUUUCUGCAGGUACAGUAAGGAUUUUACCACCAUUAGUUCCCGGGACAGUGUAUAAGAAACUCCACCGUUGUCGUGUGAGAGGCUGCUUAAAGUCAAUGCUUACUUUAAUUUUUUAUGCUGAGUAUGUACAUUUUUUUUUCAUCUAAUUUAUAUUCCUAUGGCAGUUAUUUGAAGGCAGCUAUUUACUGAGUUGAGUAUGUUGUUUUAUUUAUUUAUUUUUUUUUUAUUUUCCUUUUUAUUUACUUCUGAAUAAGAUACAUACACUGGUGACAGUACAGCAACAACACAAGCUGAUAUCCAUGCAGUCAUACACAAAUGGAGGCACAUGUAUAUAUCCACAUAUAUCUCUGUCCCCCGGUGUCAAGACAUAAGCGCAAAAAUAAUCAUUUCACCCUCCACGUUGCUGAAGUCGCCCUCCAGCCUAGGCAUCAGGGUGGUCAACCAAAAUAAAACAAUUCAAAUGUUGCUUCUGCAAGUUCAAAAAAAAUUUUUUUUUAAUUGUUUUUUUAAAUAAAGGAUGAGGAACUGACUAUGUUGUUUUAAAUGAUGUCAUGUCAUGAAUUAGUUAUUUUCCAUGAAAACUAAAAA